AUGCUCAAUCUUCUCCUCCGCUGCCAUGACCACAUCUGGGCAGCUCUCCAUGUCACGAUACUCAAUAUACCGCCCAAUCGGCUCUACCUCUUUCCCUUGCUCGCCGGCGCAGUCUGGUUCGUGACGUUGACCAGUUUACUUCUGACAUGGGUCGUUCGGGGAAUGAAGCCCUAUCCAGGGCAGAGUAAUCCACAUAUACCAUUCAUCUCUGACAUUGCCUCCUUCGAGCUCAAGCCGCUCUUCCUUGUAGGCGCCUCCAUAACAGCCAUGGGCUUCUUCUUCACCAUAGCUUCCGUCCACGUCAUGCGCUAUGAGCCUGGAUUUGCCUUGAUCCGUGUCCAUAAGGACACCCCGAAUCAGCAUCCCCAUCCUCAGCUGCAUCCCAACAAUCCCAACUCCGACCCGGAAAUUGAAGACGAAGAGACGGCAUCCGAAGACGAAGCAACCCUCAAGUCCCUCAAGCUGAUCUCUCUGUUCUCCAUAUUCUUCGCCGGAGUCGCGAGCACGGCUCUCACGCUUCUCGCAGUCAUGGAUACAUUCCGGUAUACAUUCGCGCACCACAUCUUCCUCCGGAUGUGCUUUGCAGGACUCGCGCUACAGUCUGCUGGGACGGCGAUUGUGUACGCGGACGAGGUCCUGCAUGUUAUUUCUUAUAUCACGCAUCUCGGGCGAUGGGUACAUGACUCCCGCUCCCAGGAUGCGAACACCGGCAAUGAUUACUGGGGACGGAGUCUCCGGCGGAGUAUGCGAGUACGGAUAUUCACAACCCUCUCAACAACCCUAAUCCUCAUCCAGCUCUUCCUCGGCGUCGGCUUCCUCUCUCUUACCAUCGUCGACGACGAAAACGCCGACCUCCGCGCGGCGGGGGUUCUAGAGUGGAUUAUUGCAUUCCUGGGAACCGUGUAUCUCUGGUUGUUCUGUGGGUUCUUUGAUAGAACAAGCUUCGACGGCUACGCAGCGAGUAUUCUGUAUCAAUCCACGGACGGAUCAACGGGGGUUCUUACCCCUGAGUCCAGCGAGAGGGGCUCUGUGGAAUCUGGUGUUCGGAAUCGGAGUCAGGGUCGGUCUACUGAGGAUCGUGAUGAAGACGGAGAUGGAGAUGCUGAUAUUGAUACGGAAAGGGUGCCGUUACUUGUAGGGGAGCAGGGACACCCGGAAAGGAAGUAUACGUAG